AUGCCAGGCACAUUGGUUGAGGAGUUUUUUGCACACAGGCACCGCCGCUCGGUCGUGUCGUCGUUUGUGCCAGCGCCUCAUGAACAGUGGACGCCUCCUGUUUACGUCAAGAGCAAAGGACAUGCCGAGUCCAUUCGUCGCUCGAUCCGACGCAAUCUGCUCUUUGCAACUAUCCCACAAGAUACGAUGCAGGUGCUCGUGAACGCUAUGAAGCAUGUUGCUGUGGACGCAGGCAUGAACAUUGUGGCGCAAGGCGACGUGGCUGGAGACACGUUUUAUAUCGUGGCAAGCGGUGUCUGCGAUGUGGUAGUGGACGACCGGGUCGUAGGGGACGUGUGUGCGACGUCUACGCGUAACUUCUUUGGCGAGCUGGCGCUGCUGUACGACUCGCCCAGAGCUGCGACCGUGCGGGUCAGGACCCGUGUUGAGUGCUGGACACUGGAUCGGAGGACGUUCAAGUGCGUGCUUAUGGCAACAACGAUGCAACAACGCGCUCUUUACCUCGACUUUUUGGGCCACGUGCCGAUCUUUUCAACGCUGUUGAGCUAUGAGAAGAUGACAGUGGCAGAUGCGUUGCGCGAAGCGUUUGUCGAGUCAGGAGACAUCAUCCUCACCGAGGGGUCUACAGGGGACGAUUUCUAA